CCAGGCCACAAGAGGAUGACACGGCCCGGCCGCCCCGCCCCGCCCCCUAGGCCCCUCUGCCCGGCGUCCCCUCGGCAGCACCGGCAGCCGCCGCCCUGGCUCGGCGCCCUCUCACCUCGGCGGCUCGCUCGAGGCAAGUGGGCUGCGUGCGCGAAACAACGACGCCGAGCUCGGGAGCCCGGAUCCUUCCUCAGCGAGCGCAGCACGCAGGCGCGGCAAGGAGGGGGCAGGGGCGGCCUGGCUAAGGGCCGAUGGUCCGUAGGGGCGGGGCUGAGGCCCGGCGGCGGGAACCUCUCAGCCGCCCCUCAGGCCGCGGGAGCGGGGGCCGCUCUGCUGUGGCACGAAGGUCCGCCCUGCGAUCCCUGUCCGCCUCUAGCCGUUCAACAGCUUUGCUCUAGUGGAAGCCCCGCUAGAAAUCCCCCUUCUCCGGGUGCUGCUGGGCGCCGGGAGCCGCGGGGAGCAGCGCCCGCCGGGCUGGAGAGCCCGGGAGUCAGCCGGCCGAUCGACUCGUUGCCCCGGUCGCCAGCAGCGGGCUGGGCCCUGCCAGAGCACGGGCACGGCGCAGCCCUUCCCUCAGCGGGGCCUCUUUUCUUCAGCGCCCCGCCUGAGCCCCUUGCACCCGACGUCUCCCUGUCGCUGUGCGGGCGCCGCUGCUGGCCUUCACAGCGUCGCCAGCCCUCGUGCUUUCAUCCCAGCCAGUUUAGCUUCUGCAGAUGUGCCCUUGAGGACGAAGCCAUACACACUGGCGAAGCACCUCUGUCAGAAAAGAAGGCGAACCAGGAGGAGUAAGGAGGCUAUGUUUAGAAAAGUGCUCCUGUCAAUAGAUGCAGCACAUAGCGAAACAAGAGCAUGGAGAGAGACAAUUAAUGAAAAACUCAGGUUGGAUAGCCUGGAAAGGAGACAUGGACUGGAUCAGAUGAUAGAUGGACAGGAGUGGAUGAUUAAGCGACUGGAGGGACAGAGGUGCUCAAGUCCCUCAUAGUAGUGGAGUCUGAGCACAUCUGUGCACAAUUCCCCCUGCAGCCAAUACAGAAUGCCAUUCCGUGCUCUCCCCAAACUCCCCCCCAUACAUUCCUCACAUGUUUCCAUUCCAUCACAACACCCCUUGCAAUCCACCCCAGGGCCUGGUUUUAUGAUGAAAGCUGGAGUUAGUUACACACAGCUGUGAGAACCUGAACCGAGAGACUGCUCCUCAUUGCCAUGUCCCCUGUUUGCAAAAAAUAUAUGUUUUAAUCUUUUAAUUAAAGCCUAGUAUUUAAA